AUGGGCGAUUUUACGACUGUGGAAGCUGGGUCUGGGUCUGGACUGUCCUCUACGGUCCUUGUGUCUGCUGGAUUGGCGACUGCGGUGGCGACGGUGACGUCUGUGCUGUCAAUAUGUUCUCAUCUCAAGAAUUAUCGCAAGCCGGCGCUGCAGAGAAUGGUCAUUCGGAUCAUGGUCAUGGUCCCACUCUAUGCCAUAUCAUCAUUUAUUUCCCUCUUUUCCCUCGAGGCAGGUGUCAUUAUUGAUGUCUUGCGAGACGUAUACGAGGCAUUUGUGAUAUACUGUUUCUUCCAUCUGCUACUCAUCUAUCUCGGUGGCGAACGGUCCCUUCUUAUCCUUCUCUACGGUCGAGAACCCAAAGAACACGCAUUCCCAGUCAGCCUAUUCAAACGCGAACUGGAUGCUUCGGAUCCAUUUACAUUUCUUUCCCUCCGCCGAGGCAUACUCCAAUACGUCCAAGUCAAACCUAUCCUGGCGGCCAUCACUUUGAUUCUCAAAGCAUUGGGCAAAUACCGAGAAGGUGCCUUUCGAGUCGACGCCGGUUAUCUAUACGUUAGUAUCGUAUACAAUGCUUCAAUUUGCCUGAGCUUGUAUUGCCUUGCCAUGUUCUGGGUAUGUGUCAGCAGUGAUCUCAAACCGUUCAGACCGAUGCCCAAAUUCCUAUGCGUCAAAGGAAUUCUGUUCUUCUCAUUCUGGCAAUCCAUCUGUAUAUCAUUUCUCGUCUCGAUUGGGAUAAUCAAACAUGUCGGAUCAUACACCGACGUGGAACACAUCUCGCUCGCCAUAACCGAUACACUCAUAUGUUACGAAAUGCCCAUAUUCGCCAUUGCCCACUCGUACGCAUUCUCCACUUCCGACUUUACCGAUCCCAGCGUCCAUCACGUCGCCCGUAUGCCCUUCCUACAUGCUUUGCGGGACGCAUUCGGCCUUUUGGACGUCAUAGUCGACGCGAGAGAUACAUUACGAGGGGGCGUAUCAUACCAAGCAUACGAACCCGCCGAAGGAGGCAUGCACCAAGGAACAGGCCGCGAUCGCCGCAUUCGUGCCGGACUCCGAUACGCAGCAGGAGGACGCAAAAAAUACUGGCUGCCCAUGCCCGCAGAGGACGCCAACCCACCGACAAUCCCCGCUCCCGGAAUCCUCGCCAAAGCCCGUCAAGCAAUCGAAGAGCAAAACGCCUAUGCACCUCUGACGGAAGCCCAAGCCUCCCAAGUCGUCCAUUCCGAAUCGUCCUCGUCCGACUCGGACUCGGGACACCUCGUCGUACCGGGCGCGUUCGACGUCCAGUUCGAGUCGUCGCGCAGUCUUGCGAUCGUCCGGUUCCGAAAGAGCAAGCGCGAGGAUGUGAUGUACGAUGAAGCUCGCAAGCUCGUGUUUGGGGACUACAACUACCCCGUCGUCGACUGUUCGAGCGAGCGUGCCAGGGCGAGGAUAUGGGAUGCGGAAGAGCAGAUUUUGAGAGACCAGCGUGCGGCUGCGUUUCAUCCUGAUUUGGGCGGGAUUGUUCCGCACCGGUUGGGAAAGGGGUACGGUGCGACGGACGUCGGUCCUCGAGGCGUAUACGGGAAAUGGGCCCAAGAUGGGGACGACGACGACGAUAAUGACGGUGAUGAUGGAGACACUGAAUCGGUCAAGGCGCGGCAAGACGUCCAAGAUGGACAAGUCCGCCCCAGACCGGGUCAGAAACUCAAUAUCGACAUGCGGGAUGGGAAACGGCCCGAUAUUAAAGUCGGAGGCGUCGACUUGCAAUGGCACGCAUCUUCGUCCGGUUCGGGUUCAGGUCCUGGUUCGGGUCCCGGUUCGGGUCCUGCAUCUGGAACCGCCCGACUCCGACCCGAACCCCCACACCACUCCCAGUCCCAAUCCCGAUCCCGAUCCCGCGCGAGCUCGGCGGCCCAAACGCCCUCGCGAACCGAGAGCCCGACGACGCGCUCGAACCGGGCUUUACCGCCCGACGCGGUCGAUCUCGUCGUCGAGGACAAGGACGCGGCGGAGCAGGCGGCGAGUCGGGAGCGGCGCAAGGGGGAUCCGGCGUUGAGGCCCGGUGGGAAGAGGGUGUAUCGUCGGGGGUAUGUUUUGGAGGAUGGGAGGGAUGUCGAGGUCUCGGUCGAAGAACGCGAACGCGCAGGAUCCAUCGACCAGACCAAAGUCCGAGUCCAAGACACCCACCGACGAUCACCCAACACGACCCAGCCCACGCGGGAAGAACGAGCAAGAGACCAGACGGACGACAAACACGGUGGCGGGCCCGAGGUCAAGUCGGGCGACGGCGGCCAGGCGAGCCCCGAGGAUGAGCCGAUCGAGGCGGAUACCGAGGUGACGAUCGCGCGUGCUGCUACUCCCCCUCCGCACGCGCACGUCACUGCUGAUGUGAUUUUGCCGGAUGGGAUGUCUAAUCCGUGGGCGUGA